CUUGUAGGUAAGACGAUGGGCUCUGGUAACAAAACUAAGCGACUCGCGAUUUUGAAUGUCAUUGGUCGAAUAUAUUUUAUGCUUUUUUUUACUUUCACUGGAUUAUUUUAUUAUAUGUAUUUCACUACACAAUUGAAUAGUAAUUAUUAUAGGUGAAUGAUAAUUUGUAUGAUUUGUAUUGAAUCUAUAUUUGUUUGGCGCGCAGCUAGUCGCCAGCUCGUCGCCACUAGCUACGCCAUUUCGGUUUAAUUCCAUUUCCAUGUCUUGCACGAUAAAGUCCGUCGAAGAAUAUGUUACGUAGUAAUAGUAAUAGCAAUAGACGUAGCGUAUAGUAGAAAAUGAAUGUUAUGUCGUACCAUUAAUUUAUUUUUGUAACGCGUUGGAUUUUUAAGCGAGUUAACCUUCUUUCUAUCGAAUGAUCUUUGCGUAUACACACAUUGCUGUUUGUCAGCGUUUUAAGAUGGCGGACUUGAAUGAGAAGUUGUUAACAGAACUCCUAAAAAAACCUGGAAAUAAUGUGUGCGCGGAUUGUGGAGCAAAGAGUGAGUGUGUUUUUCGAAAAGUUUUAAAUACAUUUCUGUACGAAACACAUCAUCCGGAAUGGGCUUCUUAUAACAUUGGAAUAUUUGUGUGCACAAGAUGUGCAGGUAUUCAUAGAUCGAUGGGUGCACAUAUUUCCAAAGUUAAACAUUUAAAACUGGACAGGUGGGAAGAUUCUCAAGUGAAUAGAAUCAGAGAAGUCGGUAAUGUGGCGGCCAGACUUCAUUACGAAGAACGCGUACCACCUUGCUAUCGCAGACCAAGUUCGGAUGCGCCGCAAGUAUUGGUGGAACAAUGGAUAAGAGCAAAAUACGAAAGAGAAGAAUUUUGUCAUCCAGAAAGGCAGAAUCAUUAUGUUUCAGGAUUCAUGGAAGGAUUUUUAAUGAAACGCGGUAAAGAAGAUUCGCGUUAUCAUCCUCGAAAGUUUGUUCUUUGCGAAGCGGAAGAUACUCUCAAGUAUUACGUCAAAGAAAACAAGGAACCUAAAGCUGUUCUUAGAAUAUCGGAAUUAAAUGUAGCUUUUGCUCCUCCCAAAACUGGUAAUCAAAAUAGUCUACAAAUAUCGUUCAUGAAAGAUGGUACAACGAGACAUAUCUACGUAUAUCACGAAGAUCCUGAAGUGAUUACAAAUUGGUAUCUAGCGAUACGAUGCGCAAAGCUACAUCGUUUAAAAGUUGCGUACCCAGGUGCAACAGAAGCCGAAUUACUCUCGCAACUUACCAGAGAUUUUCCACGCGAAGGGUUUUUGUGGAAAACUGGACCUAGGCAUACGGAUGCUUACAAAAAAAGAUGGUUUACAUUAGAUGGACGAAAACUUAUGUACCACGAUGAUCCUAUGGAUGCGCAUCCAAAGGGUGAAAUUUUUUUGGGUCACAAUUCAGAUGGAUUUGCGGUGAAGGUUGGAGUGCCUCCGGGUGCGAGAGAUCAGGGGUUUUCGUUUACUCUCGAAACACCGGACAGGACUUAUCUUCUUUCUGCCCAAAGCGACGACGAUAGAACGCAAUGGAUGAACGUAAUUCAAAAAGUGAUAGAUAAGCCACUUACUCCGCAAGACGCGACUGUGGCAGCACGUCUUAUAAGAAAACGCACAGCUAGUGGGACAAUAAAUAUAUUUUCUUCUACAAGGUAGGGCUGGAUCCCUCUUAGGUGCCUUUCCUAAUUGUUAAAAAUCAAUAUUACCUAGACAAACUAAUUGAGCUAUUGUAUCAAGAAAUUAUUGAAGAGGUAGAUUAUUCGACCUGCAUGGCGAAUGAAUGACGUGUCGUGAUCGCACAAUGCCGUCGAAUCGUAUAUAUAU